GUUGUUCUUUGCGGUUGUGCAGUUUUCAAUGUUAAGAAAAUUAUGUUCAAGCUUUAUCCGUGAUUAGUUUACGUUGUUUUUGUUACGUAUUAUUGGAUUUCGAAGCAGAGGAUACAUUUAGUUGCAUUUUAUACAGGUGGCAUCGUCGUCCGCGGGCGAGAUGAGCGAGCGCGAGAGAUAUCGCGCGCCGCCGCAGCCCGAGCCGCCACCGCCGCUUCGCGUACGUGCCGCGGACCUCUACCCGCGCGUGAAAGCGCAAUACGACGAGCCCGGCCUUGACGCCGGCUUCACACCCAUAUGCGGCGAGUUCGUAAAGUGGGUGGGUCGCACGGCGGACGGCGGCACGAUCGCGAUGUCGACGUACCGGCUGCACCUGCAGCCUCGCCGUCGCGAGAGCGCCGGCGCCUCCGUGCCGCUGCGGCUCAUCGACGCGCUCGAGAUCUGCGACCUGCUGUGCCUGCUCAUACUCUGCAAACACGGCCGCCAGCUCAAGUGAGUCCAUCGCUUAGUUGAAGUAUUUAAGUUAAACUAGUUGUUGAAAGAGGUAUUUUACGUGGUAGAACCACGCUGCACCUAUAUUAUGGUUGUAGCACGAAUGGGGCGGCUUGACCGGCGUAGUACUACGCUCUCACAUAAUGCCAACGUAAAAUAGCAGCUUCCAUCUCCUGUAUUUCGUAUGAUGAGUGUAGAGAACCGGAGAGCCUUUUCAGUGAAACGCAUCUGCAUUUUGAUUCUUAAUCGAAGAUAUAUAAAGACGUCUCAUAAGCAUCAUCACAUCCACUUAUUAUCAGAUAGACUGUAACUUUACUAAUACGUAGAUAGAUAAUACGUACCACCCAUGCUUUCGUCGUCACGAAGAUUUCUAUUUAUUUUAUAAAAAUGACAAACAAACUAACAGUCCAUCUGAUUUUAUAACAGGUAUACCGAUCGAUCGACGAACCAACAAAUGCCAUCCUGAUGCUGAUGUAUAUCUCCCACGCUUUCAUCAUCACGAAGAGUACGUUUUUUUAAUAAAACUGAAGUGACAAACAAGCUGGCAGUCCACUAGAUUAUAAUUGGCUACUGCAGCCUGCAAACAGAGAAGGGUGCAGAUGCAUUGUCACCUCCGAGGCUUUGGAAUGCCUCAUAGCCUGCAAUUAUCUUGGCUCCAUGCACUUUAGAUUACUAUACUUAUACGUCAGACCGGAUUAUGGGAUUGCAGGCACUGCUAUUUGACGGCAGAAAUUGUUAAAAUUGUGGUACUUACCCACACGUACUCCUAGGCAAAAGGAGUCCUACGACCCAGAAAGUUGUUUAAGGUAAACGAAUUGUUAAUUGAAGUAUAAAUCUUUAUAAGAAAUUAUAUAGGUUCCUAAUUGUGUAGUAAUAAUAAUAAUAAUGUUCUCGAGACCGUAAUUCGGUCACGGCGGCAAGUCUCAAAGGAGACUAGCCAACAGCGCAGGACAGUAUUAUAGUGCCCAAGCGUGUGCGCAAGCACAGGUGCUUUCUCUAUUCCCUCACUCUCAUAGUCCGAUGGGACGGUAAACCGACACGAUCGUAGAGAGAUCAGGCGUUAGACCAACGGCUUUACAUGCUUUCCAAGGCACGGGGGUGAGACACCGCCAACUUCCUGACUCCGGGCUGCUGCUGGGAAUUUCCUGACAGAAAAACCCAAUAAUUGAUUUUGGGCCGACUCGUUCUGUUUUAUACGGUGCCUAAGCCAGCUUACUCAGGCAGUGUUGCCAACCCAGUUGCUAGAUUUUUUUUGGAAUUUAUGGCCUGGUAUCUAGACCUUUAGGCCAUCCUAGUUGCUAGACAUUUUUCAAAAUGCCAUUUUUUUUUACAACAAAAAGUUGCUAGAAGUAGGGAAAUGUUACAGUACAUAGGUAGAUUACAAUGAAAUAUCCAUUUCUGACAAUCAUUUUUAAUUUCCAACAAGACAGAGUUAAAAAUGUAUUGUGUAGAGUUACGAGCAAUGUAAACAACAUAGGACCAUAUUAUAUUAUAUUAUAUUUAUUGUCAACUUUUGUGGUACAAAUUUUGCGUUAUUG